AUUUUACCAUUCGGGUUUCUUCGAUAUUUACCAUUCACAGUAGAAUGAGAAUUGCGCGAAAGUUUUUUCUCAACAACUUGGUGCAGACUAGUUUAAAACUAAUUGUCAGUCGUUAUAGUGCAUUCCAAAUGGAAGCUAAAAACAGAGGAAAAGCCGCUGCAGCAAAGGCAGCUGUUGACAAUCACGUGAAGACAUCUCAAGUUGUGGGUAUAGGAAGUGGAUCCACCAUUGUAUUUGCUGUACAAAGAAUAGCUGAAAGAGUAAAAGAAGAAGGAUUAUCAGUUAUUUGUAUACCUACCUCAUUCCAGGCUAGACAGUUGAUACAAGAGAAUGGCUUAACAUUAGGGAGUCUUGAUAGAAAUCCAAAGAUUGACGUAGCUAUAGAUGGUGCAGAUGAAGUAGACAAAGAUUUAAAUUGUAUAAAAGGAGGAGGGGCUUGUCAAACACAGGAAAAAAUUGUAGCAUCAAAUGCCAAAGAAUUCUAUAUUAUAGCUGAUAUUUGUAAACAAUCAAAAGAACUAGGUACAACAUGGAAACAAGGUAUACCAAUAGAAGUAAUUCCAUCAGCUUAUAGACCAGUGCAGUUAACACUAGAGGAAAAGUUAGGAGGACAAGCUAAUCUUAGAAUGGCAGUCAAGAAAGCAGGUCCUGUAGUAACAGACAAUGGUAACUUUGUGAUAGAUUGGCAGUUCCAAUCAUUACCACAGGACUGGAAUCAAAUAAAUCAACAAAUUGUGCUAAUACCAGGUGUAUUAGAUACAGGAUUAUUUAUUAACAUGGCCAAGAAAGCAUAUUUUGGUAGAGAAGAUGGAAGCUUGGUGGAACAAACAAAAUAAUAGUAGAUUAUAGUGAUUAUAGAUCGCGCUCUUAAUUCUUGAAGAUAAUAAUAUUAUUAUCAAGACAGUGUUAAACACAAACUACAAAAUGUAUAUCAAAAUCCUGGCCAGAAUAUAAUGAUGCAAUAAAAAUGCAGUUUUAAACUGUCAUCAAUGACUAAUAUUUGUACUAAAAAUAUGAUUUUAUAAAUAAAAAUAAUCAUAAUUAGUAAACACA